GAAAAGUGAAAGCCAAGCAGAGAGCACACACAGUGUCCUCAGCCCCAUUUCAUUGUGUUUCUCUGUCUUCUUUGCCCCCAGACCCUGAAUCAUGGAUUCUCUUUCAAAAGCAAAUGGCACCUUUGCCAUCCAGGUUUUGAAGAUGCUGUGUCAAGACAGACCUUCACAAAAUGUGUUUUUUUCUCCCCUGAGCAUCUCCUCUGCCUUGGCCAUGGUGCUCCUGGGGGCAAAGGGGAACACCAAAGACCAGAUGGCUCGGGCACUGUCUUUAAACACAGAGGAAGACAUCCAUGAGGGCUUCCAGAUGCUUCUCAACCAAGUUAACAACCCUGGGUCAAAGUACUUGCUUACAACAGCCAACAGGCUCUUUGGAGAAAAGAACUGUGAUUUCUUCUCAACAUUUAAGGAGUCCUGUCUUCAGUUCUACCACUCGGAGCUGGAGUUGCUGUCCUUUAUCAAAGAUUCAGAGAAGUCCAGGGAGCAUAUAAAUGCUUGGGUCUCAAAAGAAACGAAAGGUAAAAUUCCAGAGAUGCUACCAGUGAACUCGAUUGAUGAGCUGGUCAGGCUGGUUCUUGUCAAUGCCAUCUACUUCCAAGGAAUGUGGGACAAGCCAUUUGACAAAUCAUGCACGGAAGAAAUGGCUUUCAAAGUAAACCAGGAGGAGGAAAGGACAGUACAGAUGAUGUGGCAGGAAGACAAUUUUAACUACAUCUACAUCAGUGAGUUCCAGACAAAGUUGGUGGAACUGCCCUACGCUGGCAAGACACUGAGCAUGAUCAUCCUGCUCCCAGAUGAGGACCUUAGUGUGGUGGAAAAUAACCUUACUUUUGAGAAAUUCAUAGCCUGGACCAAGGCAGCCUCUUUGCAGAAUAUUGGAUUAGAAGUUCUCCUUUCGAGAUUUAAACUGCAGGAGGAUUACGACAUGCAGUCUGUGCUUCAGCGUUUGGGAAUGGUUGAUGCCUUCCAACAUGGCCAGGCUGAUUUCUCUGGAAUGUCAACUGAGACAGACCUGUGUCUAUCCAAAGUUGUGCACAAGAGUGUCGUGGAGGUGAAUGAAGAAGGCACUGAGGCUGCAGCAGCUGACAUAGAUGAAGUGUUUGACUGCACAUCAUGGUCACCAAAGUUCUGUGCUGACCACCCCUUCCUUUUCUUCAUCAGGCAUAACAGAACCAACACUCUUCUGUUCUGUGGCAGGUUCUCAUGUCCCUAA